UGGAACCUUUUCUAAAAGGGACAGAGAGCACCCGGCUACACUUCCCUGUUGUGAGGUUGGUGCACGGCUGGUGGAGCUGAAGCAAAUUGGUCACCAUGCAGGUGCUCCUCCAGUGCACUAGGCUUGCUCUGGCUCUUGCCUUCAUCCUGAUUUCAUCUUCAGUUCAAGGUUCUCCUGUGCAGAGAGCCAGAUACCAGUGGGUACGCUGCAAUCCUGACAGUAAUUCUGGAAACUGCAUUGAAGAAAAGGGAAGAGUGUUUGAUAUACUUCCAGAUGAAUCCAGCAGAAUCCCACCUCUAAGGUCUGACAGUUUCUUACUGGAGAAUUCCAAGAAUUUGAAUGAAGUCUUCCCUCUUUCUGAGGACGUCUCAGGAUCAGGUUCUGGAGCAGGAUCUGGAAAUGGCUUCCUAAAUGAAAUAGAACAGGAAUACCAACCAGUAGAAGAAAAUGAUGCUUUUUAUUACAACUUUAGAUCUAAGAAGGGAAAUGUGCCCUCAUACAACCAGGACUUGGGGCAGGACAGACCAGAAGAUUUUACUAUAUAAAAGAGAGAGUUUCCCAUCUUCACACCAGGCAAUGUAUUUAAUUUGUAAUUAAAUACAAUGUAAUUAAUUUGAGGACAAAAAGCUUUUUAGAAAAUUUAAAACAUCUGAAAAGGAAGUUUAAGUUUUAUCAUCUUUUUUUCUCAUGGAUUCUUAAAGCCUCCUUUAUCUAUCCUGCUGUCCUGGAAAAUACCGGCAUUUCUUAUGUAUCAUAUUCAACUAUAUCACUAUGAAGUUAGCUAGACUCUCCAUAUCUAUAAAAUUGCUUUAAAGAAUAAAUUAUACUGUUUUUAAAAAAUUUAGUUUGAGAAACAAAUUGAGAGGCACUAUUUCAUAUCUAAGUCUUCAUGAAGCUGACUCUGAUUAUGAAAUCUAGACAUGCCUCUUUUUUGUGACAAAACACAGAUGCAACAUACCAUGAAUGUAUAGAGGAGGUAUGUACCAUGUUUUACAGUAUGAAGUUAACUGUUCUAAAACCAGCAUCAAAUGUGUUUGCGAGCUAGUGGACAUUGUUCGCUUAGAAGUGUGAUUGCUGCCACAUUUAGAAACUUAGUGCCUAAAUUAAAGCACAGUUGUUCUCUCUGUACUUCAUGCUGUGUUACCUUUCCUCCUGGAUAUCUAUGUAUUUGCAAACAGUCUAUUAAAGCAGAAGUAUUAUCAAAGA